AUGGCCAUCUUCGACCGUGUCUUUCGAAACCAGGGCCAAGAGGCCCCAGUCAUUGACGAGGAGGCCAAGGGUCCUCACUUUACUGUAUUCUCCAGCCCAGAAUCUUCUCAGCCCAAUAGCGAACCUUCGUCUGGCUUUACAACCCCGACAGAAGAAAAGAGCCUCGUUCCUUUGGGGAAAUGCCCCGAGAUCGGUCGGCUGGCCUCCUGGCGAGGCGCGUUGAUCCUGCUGGUAACAUCAGGCUCCCAGUUCCUCGACAAUGUGUACAUGACCAGCGCCAACGUCGCGCUAUCCUCGAUCCAAAAAGACUUUGAUGUGACCAGCACGAACCUGCAAUGGAUGAUCUCUGCAUACACCUUAACGUUUGGCGGUUUCCUCCUUCUUGCGGGAGUCCUUUCCGAUCGGUACGGCCGAAAGAACCUUCUAUGCAUUGGCCUGUUCUGGUUGUCCAUCUGGACCCUGGCGAUUGGUUUUGGUCAGUCGUUCAUCCAGCUUACCAUCUUUCGAGGCCUGCAAGGUAUCGGGGCGUCCAUGACGGUUCCGUCCGCGAUCGGGAUCAUCAGCGCCUACUUUACCGGGGUUGACCGGACUCGUGGCCUGGCCAUCUACGCCUCGUCGGGAACGAUAGGCUUCUGUGUCGGGCUGAUCUUCGGAGGGUUCCUCACCUCGUCGCUUGGCUGGAGAUACAUCUACUACUUCAUCGUGAUCAUCACGGGGUCUUUGUGUAUUCUUGGGGCAUUUGUUUUGCCCAAAGAUAUCAUGCCGAAGGAGAAGCCGAAGAUGGACUUCCUGGGUGCUUCCAUGUCAACUGCUGGUCUGAUCCUCCUGCAAUUCGUGCUAUCGAGCGGGGGACCCUACGGCUGGAGCCAACCAUUCAUCAUCGUGCUGUUGAUAUUGGCGGUCGCGCUGCUGGUAGCCUUCACCUUGCUGCAGAAGUACAUCUCUUAUCCACUCAUGCCUCUCUCGCUGUGGAGGAUCCCCAAUUUUGCGGGACUGUGGAUCGCCGGUUUCACGUGCUACGGCAGCUACCAGAACGUGAUCUACUACAUCGUCCUCAUGGCACAAGAAGUUGACAAGCUCUCUGCCGGACAGACAGCACUACGCUUCUUACCCAUGGGCGUGAUUGGCUUCGUCGCCUCGAUGGGUACCGGCAAGGCCUUGGAGUAUGUGAACGGGAAAUACACGCUCAUCGCCGGGCUGGUCCUGACGGUGAUUGCGCCCAUCCCAAGCUCCAUCACCGCCAGCCCUGAAUCCAGCUUCUGGCUCAAUGUUUUCCCCACCUCUCUCAUCAGCAUCACCGCCGUCUCCCUCAUCUUCGUCACGACCAGCACCUGCAUCCUCACCACCGUCCCCAUCAACGUCAAGUCCCUCUGCGGCGGCAUGCUCAACACCGCCUUCCAGAUUGGCUCCGGCGUCACCCUGGCCAUCUCCGCCGCCGUGACCGAGGCGGUCGACAUCGAGAAGGGCCACGAUCUGGCUCAGCAGUACUCCACCGGCUUAUGGUGUUCCGCCGGGCUGGCCGGGUUAGGUCUGAUCGUGGCGUUCUUCUCCGUCCGGCGGAGGGGGAUCGGCCCCGAGGACCGGGUGGACUCCGUCUGUGCUAUCUGA